UCAGGAGUCCUCACAUUAACAGAGCUUCAGUGUUCAUCAGUGUGUCGAGACUUGGACAAGAUGAGACUCACGUCAGUCUGCGGGCUUCUCUUGCUGUGUGUCCACGGCAACUCUGUGGACGCAGGGAAUAUUUUUGACAGAUCUUCAUCUCAUAACAUACAGCGUCGGGAGACCAACACCAAGCGGAAUUUCUCGGAGGUCAUGGUUACAAAGAUGACGGUUUCUCCGACCUGGUACGUCAGUGAGGGCGUCACUGUAGUGAUCAACUGCACCACGCACACAGACGAUGGGAACUACAGUGACAAGAUGGACCUUAAGCUGUUCUGGACCAAGAUGAGCCCCAGAGAGAGGAUCAAGAAGGUCUUGGUCAGCCAGCGAGCAUCUAAAGGCAUCUCCUAUGUGCUGAGCCCCGUUACCCAUGAGCACCAGGGUGUCUACACUUGUGACGAUGAUGGCAGCUUCCCUCAUGUUUAUGUUCGAGACUGGCACCAAAUACUCUGGGUGGAUGACGCUUCUCCAAGAGCUACCAUAGACGUGGUCAGCCACAGCAGGAGCCAGUUCUUCAACGGUGAGACAUUCAGUGUGAGCUGUCAGCUGCCUGACGAUGACACCCAGUGGAAGAUGAUGAGAUUUAAUGACUUUGUGGGAAACAUCACAGAGUGUCCCAAUCAAGUGUCCUCAGGCCGCCGUCUGUCCUGCACUGUCCGUUCGGAAUUUCCCUGGGCGGACGUACUGUACUGGUGUGAGACUCCAGCAGGGGAGAGGAGCAACGCCCUCAACAUCACCACCAUGGCUGGUGUGAUGGUGGCCCUGGAGAGUCCGUCACUUCCUGUGCUGGAGGGUGAGGACGUGAUGCUGCGCUGUUUACAUAAAAACAGAACCACAAACAAAAUCACCUCCAACUUUGGCGCCAUCUUCUACAGGAACCACCGUCGGAUUAGGGUUACAACUGAAGGCGACCUGACUCUGACAGCAGUGACCAAAGCUGACGAGGGAAUCUACAAAUGUCGGCACCCAGUGGACGGACCGUCUCAUGAAAGCUGGAUCACUAUUAAAGCUCGGCCCAAUGAAGACCAGAAGAAGAAGAGUGAUGAUGUCAUCAAGACGCCAUAGAUGUUCCCUGGCUCCACCUCCAGGCCCAGUCACCUGAUCUCUGAUGGGUCAUUAAACAUGCCGUCAUAACAGUAGACAUGAGAGGCUUCAAGACUUUGUGUACAUGUAUCAGACUCGCUGUACGCACGACAAGGAAAUGUCACAUUAAGCUAAUCUCACUGAUGCCACAGCUGAUCGUGUAGUCAGACGAUGAUGUUAACAAAGGCCCUGCACCUGAGAUUUUUUUAUUUCAGAUUUUAAUGUCUAAAUCACAAACUAAACAAGGUUUCAAAGAAAACUACAGCACCAUACUGAAGUGUGUGUCGGUGCGACCUCGGUGUAUCUGAAGCUCAGACUGAAUAAAACAUGGCGGAGAGACUGUGUUGUUAACACGAGCGUGACUUUAAUGUUUCUGAAUAAUUCAGAGAAGCAACCCAGUGCUCUGUCAACAACAUGACCCCACUACAGAGAGGACGGAGAGAAAGUGAGACAAGGAAGGAGAGGAAAUGUGUGCAAGCGGAGGAGAAAGGAAGAGAAUGAGAGGUCAACGUGCUGUAUUGGUUCUCCAAGUAGGACAUGAAUUCCCAUCAGGACCACAAAUGUGACGACAGAGCAGACAAAGAAAGAGCAUUUAAAUAUGGUGUACAGGUUUAGUACGUUUCACAUGUGCUUUAUAUUUUACAAUAUGCCAUCAAGCAAAUACAUCAAUGAAGCAGGAACACUGUGACUGUGUGUGUCGCCCCCUGUCAGCUGAAUGUUGCUACUGCAUUAAUUAAUGUCUACUGACAAGAGAGUGGUAACCUGGGUGGGGAGGCUGGAAAGGAAAGGAAAGGAAAGGAAAGGUGAAGAUGGGAGAAGGAAAGAAAAAGACUGAAAAGUUAAGAAAGAAAAACAGGAAAGGUCAAGACAGGAAAGAAAAGGUCAAGACAGGAGAGGAAAGGAAAGGAAAUUAAAGGAAAGGAUAGGAAAGGACAGGACAGGGAAGGUCAAGAAAGGAAAGGAAAUGGAAUGAAAGGAAAGGAAAGGUGAAGACAGGAAAAGGAAACCAAAAAGAUAGGAGGAGGGAAAGACAUUAAAGGAAAGAAAAGGAAAUAAAAAGACUGGAAAGUUAAGGAAGAAAAACAGUAAAGGAAAGAAAAAGGAAAGGACGGGACAGAACAGGACAGGAAAGGUCAAGAAAGGAAAGGAAAGGAAAGGAAAGGAAAUGAAAUGAAUUGAAAGGACAGGACGGGAAAGGAGAGGAAAGAAAA